CUCACCCUUCGCCUGCCCUUCCUCCUACGGAAACAAGGGGGAAAAGUGGGAAAAAUACAUCUUCAGCGACUCCUGCCUCCGGAUCACGGCAUAUCCCGGCUGCCGGCUUCUUCCCUGCCUUUCAUUUCCUGCUUCAUUCCAGCUUGAUGGGAGUCUGAGCCGAGCACAAUGAUCCUGCAAGACUUUGUAUUCACUUUGCUGCUCCUGGUCGGCUUCCUGGGGGGGGAAUUGCAGGCUCAGCGCCCAGAAAUCACCACCCGGGUCGCAAGCACCGAAGACUGUCCUGUGGACCUGUUCUUCGUGCUGGACACCUCGGAGAGUGUUGCCCUUAGGGUGAAGCCCUUUGGGGACUUGGUUUCCCAAGUGAAAGAUUUCACCAACCGGUUCAUUGAUAAGCUGACAAGCAGGUACUACCGCUGCGACCGCAACCUGGUGUGGAAUGCUGGAGCACUGCACUACAGUGAUGAGGUUGUGCUCAUCAAGAGCCUCACCUCGAUGCCCAGCGGGCAGAGCGAGCUGAAGAACCGUGUCUCAGCUGUGAACUACAUUGGGAAGGGCACCUACACCGACUGUGCCAUCAAGCGGGGCAUCGAGGAGCUGCUCAUCGGUGGCUCCCAUCACAAGGAGAAUAAAUACCUCAUCGUGGUGACUGAUGGACACCCCUUGGAAGGGUACAAGGAGCCUUGUGGAGGCCUGGAUGAUGCUGCCAACGAAGCCAAACAUCUGGGAAUCAAAGUGUUCUCCGUCGCCAUCUCCCCCAACCACCUGGACCAGCGGCUCAACAUCAUCGCCACGGACCCUGCCUAUCGCCGCAACUUCACUGCCACCAGCCUGAAGCCAACACGGGAGCUCGACGUGGAGGAGACCAUCAACACCAUCAUCGACAUGAUUAAGGUUAACACGGAGCAAUCGUGCUGCUCCUUCGAGUGUCAGCCUCCCCGAGGGCCUCCUGGACCUCCUGGUGAUGCAGGCCAUGAGGGAGAAAGGGGCAAACCAGGUCUGCCUGGGCAGAAAGGAGUGGCUGGAGACCCAGGCAGGCCAGGGGACAUGGGACCUGUUGGCUACCAAGGAAUGAAGGGUGACAAAGGAAGUCGAGGAGAAAAGGGCUCAAGAGGAGCCAAAGGAGCCAAGGGUGAGAAGGGCAGGCGUGGAAUCGAUGGCAUCGAUGGCAUGAAGGGUGAAGCUGGAUACCCCGGGUUACCAGGUUGCAAAGGCUCACCUGGAUUUGAUGGAGCUCAAGGCCCACCUGGACCAAAGGGAGAUCCUGGUGCUUAUGGACCCAAGGGAGGAAAGGGAGAGCCUGGCAAUGAUGGAAAACCUGGCCGGCAGGGAAUUCCCGGCAGCCCUGGAGAGAAGGGUGCUGCUGGGAACCGGGGUGAGCCUGGACCAGCAGGAGAAACGGGUGAUGAGGGUGCUCCAGGCCCGGAUGGUCCUCCUGGAGAACGGGGCAGCAAUGGGGAAAGAGGAGCCCUGGGCUCACCGGGUGACCGUGGGCCAAGAGGAGAGCCGGGAGAGCCUGGACCACCAGGUGAUCAAGGACGGGAAGGACCACUCGGACCACCUGGAGACCAGGGUGAGGCUGGACCCCCAGGACCCAAGGGCUACAGGGGAGAUGAUGGCCCCCGUGGCAAUGAGGGUCCAAAGGGAUUGCCUGGAGCACCUGGGCUGCCUGGAGACCCUGGCCUGAUGGGAGAAAGGGGGGAAGAUGGCCCUCCUGGGAAUGGCACAAUUGGAUUCACAGGAGCCCCAGGUCAGCAAGGAGACAGAGGUGACCCUGGCAUCAAUGGAACAAAAGGCUAUGUCGGUCCUAAGGGUGAUGAAGGAGAAGCUGGAGACCCUGGCAAUGAUAACCCAAACCCUGGCCCCAUGGGCAUCAAAGGAGCAAAGGGCCACCGGGGACCAGAAGGCCGCCCAGGACCAGCAGGACCUGUGGGACCUCCAGGACCAGAUGAAUGUGAAAUCUUGGACAUAAUCAUGAAGAUGUGCUCUUGCUGUGAGUGCACCUGCGGGCCCAUCGACCUCCUCUUCGUGUUGGACAGCUCGGAAAGCAUCGGCCUGCAGAACUUCCAGAUUGCCAAGGACUUCAUCAUCAAAGUCAUCGACCGCCUGAGCAAGGAUGAGCGCGUGAAGUUUGAACCUACAGAGUCCCGUGUGGGUGUUGUGCAGUACAGCCAUGACAACACGCAGGAGCUGGUGGCCAUGGGGGAUGCCAACAUAGACAACAUCGGCGCACUCAAACAGGCAAUCAAGAACCUGAACUGGAUAGCUGGGGGCACCUACACUGGAGAAGCUCUGCAGUUCACCAGGGAUAACCUGCUGCAGAGGUUCACCUCAGACAAGCGCGUUGCCAUUGUCAUCACAGACGGACGCUCCGACACACUGCGGGACCCUACCCCGCUCAGUUCCCUGUGCGAUGUCACCCCAGUGGUUUCCCUUGGGAUUGGUGACAUUUUCCGGAACCCUCCGAAUCCCGAUCACCUCAAUGACAUCGCCUGCUUGAGCAGACCAACCAGGCCAGGACUGUCCAUUCAAAGGGACAACUACGCCGAGCUCCUAGAUGACACCUUCUUGCAGAACAUCACCUCCUACGUCUGCCAAGAGAAAAAAUGUCCAGACUAUACCUGCCCAAUCACCUUCUCCGGGCUGGCAGACAUCACUCUGCUGGUGGACAGCUCCACCAGCGUCGGGAGCAAGAACUUUGAGACCACCAAGAAGUUUGUGAAGCGGCUGGCAGAGCGGUUCCUGGAGGCCGGGAAACCUGCCGAUGACUCCGUGCGUGUCUCCGUGGUCCAGUACAGUGGCCGGAACCAGCAGAAGGUGGAAGCUCAGUUCCAGCACAACUACACGGUCAUCGCCAAAGCCAUUGACAACAUGGAGUUCAUCAACGAUGCCACCGAUGUCAAUGCUGCCCUGCGGUAUGUGACGGGGCUGUACCAGCGCUCGUCCCGCGCCGCGGCCAAGAAGAGGGUGCUGGUGUUCUCUGAUGGCAACUCUCAAGGCAUCACUGCCAGGGCCAUUGAAAGGGCUGUGCAGGAGGCUCAGCAGGCUGGCAUUGAGAUCUAUGUGCUGGCGGUGGGCAGCCAAGCCAAUGAGCCCAACAUCCGUGUCCUGGUCACGGGGAAGAGCGCGGAUUACGAUGUGGUCUAUGGGGAGCGUCACCUCUUCCGUGUGCCCGACUACUCCUCGUUGCUGCGGGGGGUCUUCUACCAAACUGUGUCCAGGAAAAUAGCUGUUGACUGAGCAUCCGGGUGGGUGUCCUGCCAAGGCCAUUGCCUGCUUCUGUCUCACCAAAAAAUGAAAGCAAACAACCAAAGAAAAACCCCAAAUCCAGUAUUUUCAACAACUUCAGGAAUUCGUGUCUAUGCAGAUGGCCACAGUGCCACAGCCUGGCUGUCCACAGUUCCCUGCUUUCUCCCCCUGCUUCGUCAUCUGCAUCUCUACUCUCUUAGCCUCAGACCUCCCUUCCUGCCCAUGGCUGCCUCCCCCUCUCCCCACAGUGGGUAACACAAGUACUCCUAGCAGUAAAACACUAGAACAGCAGGAUCAACCUCAUCCCACUGGUUUUUGGCCUAAAAAAUAGAGAAUUGGGAUGAGGAAUUUUGUAGCAUUAAGAACUAACCUGGUCUCAUAAGGCUGAUGAUGCUCUUUACAGAUACAGAGGGUUUGUUCAUUUCCUUCUUUCUUUCAUCAGCUGAGCACUUGCCCAGCUCACAAUGGCCUGAACCUAAUGCUGUGCUUCAAGUGGAAUGUUCAACACUUCAAUAGGCUUUGAGAGGGGAUUUUUGUCAUGGCUGGCAUGUUUGGUUCAUAUCUCCCAUGGUGAUAUGAUAUGGUGGUGAGGGCUAGAUUGCAUUACUCAGACUGGGGUGGAAGCUUCUCUGGCCUCCAGAGCCGUGAGAUGGAGCACUGAGUUCUCAAGCUGAGGAAGAGGCGGGUUGUGGAGCAUCCCUCAGCACUGACAUUCCCAUUCAGAGCAGGGAGGCUGGGAGCUGACCAAAGGAAAGCUGGACAUCAGCCACUGGGGAGGGGGGAAACCCUACAAGAAGCCAUGUAACUGCACUCCUUCACUGAUCUCACUGUCUUACAGUGGAACCAGGAACCUCGUGAAUAACCUGAUGACUUGUGCUAUGGUCCAAGGUCCAAGAUUCUGGAAAACCUCUCUGAGCCCAGUUAUUGGGAUUUCGUAAUUAUUUUAUUUUCCAGAAGUGUCUAAUUCCCAGGUUUCCAUAGGACCAUCCAGGAGUUAGGCACCUAGGGAAACCCACUAACUGUACUAUACAUUGAAUGAGAGCCUCAUCCGCAACCCAGCCAAGGGAAAGGCUGCCGCUAUCUGCCAGGGUCUUUGGCUCCAACCCUACAGGUAUACUGACAAAGGUGCUAUCACUGCCUGGGUGAUGUGGGCCCCUGGUGUUUACACAGUUGUUUCCAGGACCACGCUGAAGAUGUGGUUUGUCUGGGUGAGAUGUUGUUUCAGCGCUUCCAUUGGUGCUCUUGCUAUGAAUCCAUGUGCUUCUGAGACAGCAACAGUGAUUGCCAGGUAUCAGCAUCCCACUUUGUAUCCCAAACCCCAUUGUAUGGGUUAGUUUUAUGUUAUGCCUGUGUUUUACUAAAAUGGUCCACUUUGGAGAUUUGUCAAAUAAAUUGUUUUCCACUACCCCUUUG